AUGCUUCUCGCACUCGACAUAGGCAACACGAAUAUCAAGAUCGGGGUGUUUGCCGAUGAUCCCGGUGAUGAUCCGUACACUUCCGCGGCGGCGUGGCGCAUCAACACCGAACGGGGCCGGACGGCGGACGAGUACGGGCUGAUGACUUCCAACAUGCUUCCGACACGGGGGUUAGACGCGCGCGACGUGACCUCGGUGGCGAUGUGCAGCGGGGUGCCGUCUCUGACUUCGGCCUUCGUCGAGGUGAGUGAGACGUACUUCGGGCAGUCGCCUCUGGUGGUUGGCGCGGGCGUCAAGACGGGCAUCAGAAUCUUGUACGACAAUCCGAGGGACGUCGGGGCCGACCGGAUCGUGGACGCGGCGGCGGCUCUGAAGCUGUAUGGCCGGCCGGCCAUCGUCGUGGACUUCGGGACAGGGACGGUGUUCGACGCGAGACCAAGACGCGAUAUUCGCAUAGCUCCUGUAUACACGUCGCGGCGGGCGCACUCUACCAGGCGGCGUCACAGCUUCGUCACGUCGAGUUGGAGCGGCCCUCUACGGCAAUCGGGCGUAAUACCAUCCAUGCGCUGCAGUCGGGGCUGGUGCUGGGAUACUCCGAGAUGGUUAAGGGAAUGGUCACGCGAUUCGACCGCGAGUUGGGCGCGGAGGGUCGAAGGUCAUCGCGACGGAGGCCCUGCGCACCUCAUCGCCGAGGAGGAGGAAAGGGAAAGGAGGACUGGAGGGAACGGGCACAUAUCGGACGUGGUGAACGACAAUCUGACGAUGGCGGGGUUGAAGAUCAUUCAUGAAAUGAAUGUGCCGGGGCGGUAA